AUGACAACAUACGGUGCGGUCGCCAGCCGCCCAAGGCGCGGCGCCAACAGACGCCUCGAGGCUGUCACGCCCCCUUUUCCUGCUCGGCAGAUGUUUGUGCUCGCAUGCUGCCGCAUAUGCGAGCCAAUUGCCUUCAUGUCCAUCUUUCCCUACAUCUACUACAUGAUUGAGGAUUUCCACAUCACCAGCGACGCCAGCAAGAUCUCCGUCUACGCCGGCAUGGUCACUUCCGCCUUCACACUUGCCGAAUUCGCAACUGGCGUUCUUUGGGGCCGUCUCAGCGACAGGAUUGGUCGCAAGCCAGUUCUCCUCUUUGGACUCGCGGGCACCGCGCUGAGCGUGCUCAUCUUUGGUUUCGCCCCCAGCCUGCCGGUUGCCUUGUUUGCACGUGCUUUGGGAGGCUUACUGAAUGGGAAUAUUGGUGUGUUGCAGACGACUGUGGCGGAGCUGGUGACCGUCAAGGAGCAGCAACCUCGAGCGUACACAAUCAUGCCCAUGGUCUGGUGCAUUGGAUCCAUCGUUGGACCCAUGAUUGGAGGUGCCUUGGCCCGUCCUUGCGUGAGCUAUCCCGACAUCUUCGCCCGCGGCACAAUGUGGGACAGGUUCCCCUACCUCCUGCCUAACCUCUUCAGCGCGGCCACCGUCUUUGUGGGUGUUGUGAUUGGUAUUCUUUUCCUCGAGGAGACGCAUGCGGUCAAGAAGCACCAACGGGACCGCGGGCGCGAACUGGGCGACUUCCUCGCGUCCAAGUGCCCCCGUCUCGGACGAUUCUCGUCGGCUAAAGCGUCACCCGAGAAGGGGAGCCUGCUCGGUCGAGACGCGCUGCUCAGCGACGAGGGCUCGGACGACGAAUGCUUGCCGGAGUACCAAAGCCAGAGCAGCUCACCUCAACUCACCCCGCAAGCGGCCCCCGAGCUUACGGAGGUCGCGCCUCUCCAAGGGCCCGGUAGCCCUGGAUUCAAGAUCUUCACCAAGCCGGUCAUUAUGAACAUUGUGUCGUACGGGAUCCUGGCCUUCCACACCAUGACCUUUGAUCAGCUUCUACCCGUCUUCCUCAGCACGGCCCCCCCGGAGCACCCCAACGUCGAGCUGCCCUUCAAGUUUGUCGACGGCUUUGGCCUCGAGACCAAGACGAUUGGCGUCAUCAUGGCGGUGCAGGGCAUCUACUCGCUCGUCUCCAACUACCUCAUCGUGGCGCCGGUGACACGUCGCCUCGGCUCGCUCCGCCUCUUCCGGAUCAUUGCGCUCUCGUAUUUUGCCCUGUACCUGGUCACACCGUACCUUGUCCUGUUGCCCAAGAACAUGGUGAUGCCAGCCCUGUACAUCCUGGUCAUCUGGAAGUGCACCUUUUCGACCAUGGCGUAUCCCAGCAACGCCAUCCUGCUCGCCAACUCGGCACCCUCCAAGCAGGUGCUGGGUACCAUCAACGGAAUCGCGGCGUCGACGGCGAGCCUGUGCCGCGCUCUGGGUCCCACCAUCUCCGGUCUUCUGUACUCGUUGGGUCUGCAGACAGGCUAUUCCGGGCUGGCGUGGUGGUUCAGCGGGCUCAUCACGGUUGUCGGUGCCUACCUCAGCCUGCAGAUCACCGAGGGAGGUGUCCAGGAUGAGGUGUCUGCGCCCCCCAGCAGCAGAGGCUCUCUGGAGAACGAGAGGCUCCUGAACGAUUAUGACGAUAACGACAGCGUCUGA